AUGGCGCUGGAGUCGGAGCUUGUGUCAUGUCAGCUUCACCAUUGGAUCGAUUUGAUCUUCGGCUACAAGCAACGCGGUCCAGAAGCGGUGAAGGCCACCAACGUUUUUCAUUACCUUACCUACGAGGAUAGUAUCAACUGGGAUAAGGUAGGCUCAUAUUUUGCUCCGCUUCAUCCAGCUCUAUGCUCUAAGAUCUUGACAAUUGGUCCUCUUCCUGCAAAAAAUUUACCUCGGCCUAACUGA